GAGGAAUUUUCACGUAGACGCCCCGUGUGUCCUGCAAAAACAACUCGUAUAAAAGAAAAAAGAUUAACCUUCUGUACAGCAUAUUGCGAAGACGAGCUGGGUUGUUAAAAGUUAUCGUUUUUGCGAAAACGGGCUGAUUAGUUUGGUUUAGUUCGCAAAUGAUAGUUUUUUACGACACUAACAAUACGUUACGAAACAGAAUUUACAGCAGAGAAUCACAUGAAUGUAAUUGUUCUUUGUCGAAUGAUACCAUCAUAAUGUGACUUCAAAAUUGAUCAGAUGUAACUUGGAGCGAUCUGAGAAAUUUAGUGUUCGGAAAAUCCGAGGAAGCCCUGAAUGCGAACCAGCUUGCUCGGAACAAUACUGCCACCAACUGAUAUAUCAGGAGAACUGUCGGCACGCUUCGAAACAUAUACAACAACAUUUUUCUUUUUUAAACCGGGGUUUUACCACUUUAAUUAAAUUUAACUUUAUUUCUUAAGCUUUGAAAUCAAAACUCAUUUGAAUGACUUUUAACGGUCGGCAUUUUAAGUUGGCCUAUGUUGGAAGAAGAAGCAUCCCCACUCUGAUUGGCUGCGAGGUACAUCCUGUUGCGCAGCGAACCAAUCAAAAGGCUCCCUCUGUUGUGUUUUGAAUUAGCUCGAUUUUAACCGUCUGGCGCCGCCACAGCCCACUCGGAGCUACACACUGGACGCGUGAUUUUAUGACUAGUUUGUUGAUUUCUUCUCACAAAAACGGAAUAAAAUUCAGCACCAACAUGGAUUUGGACUCCAUGAAGUAUGCGGAUUUGCGAGGAAUCGCGAAGGAGCUCGGGCUGAAGGCGAACAUGAAGGUAACGGUUCUAAAUAUGAACUCAGAAAUACAUGAACGAUCCUGUUCACAGGCUUACACAGCGAUUGUGUGCUACCGUAAUGUAUGCUUUUGGUCGAAAUAAUCUCCUUUUUUUGUUCGAAAACAGGCCGAUAAACUUCUGAAAGCGAUCAAGCAACAUUACGAGGAGAAAAACAAGCAGAAGGAAAAGCAGGUGAGUUUGUACUGCCUAUGUCUGUGCUGUUUGAGUGUUAUAUCAGCCUUAAACUGUGCGUCCAUUGUGAGUAGGUCUUUCAAACAUAUUAAUAUAUUGUGUUUAUUUCCUCACAGGAACAAGAAAAUGAUGUUAGUGUAGUUGAAGAAACCCCAGCAGCACAGGACACUACUCAGGAAAAUAAAGAAGCAGCAUGUCAAGAAGUUUCCAGCACUAAUGUCUUUGUAAAUACACGCCGAGGCAAAGGAAACGGUACCAAGAGAAAGAUCUCUGAUACACCUGAAGUGACUGAGAGCGAGGAAAAGUCACCACCAAGUGCUGCAGAGGUAUUACACACCAUAACACACUUACAGAAUGACCCGAAAAAGCAGCAACACUGUGGGUUAGACGAAAAUCACUCAUCAUAGAGGUACAUUAUUAUGCAGAAAAGAGUCUCACAGUGUUACUUUUGUAUGGAAGGCAUUAUCAGACCAAAAUAUUGCAAUGAAAAUAACAUAUAAGGAAGAAAAAUGUACACUUUCAGUCUGUUCCAUGGUGCUGAUCUGACAAGGACAGCAGGGAUCAGAGGAAACAGGAUAGUUUAAUAAAAGUUUAAGCCUUCAUAUUUGAAAUAGAUGGAACUAAAGUGCGCUGACAAAAGCUAAAGAGGCAGUGUGACUUAUUUCACAAGUUGCAUUUCUCUCAUUUUAAAGAAGUAAAGACUACUUAAGUGAAAUAAACAGUGUUAGAUGAGGAGAUUUUAGCUGUUUGAGUUUGUCAUUUUCACCUAAAUAAUUGUUGUUCCUCUGAUUAAAUUCAGGAGUCGUGUGAACCCUCUGAUACCAGAGGUGCAAAGAAGAGAAAAGUGUCCUCAGCCAAGGACCAAACUGAAGCUGAUCCUCCUGAGGAGAAUCAGACCUCCGAUAACAAGGAUGAAGCCACCGUAGUUGUCAACGCAGGUAUGUCAGUUGGUCUCAUAAAUACAAAACAUAAAUUUAUGUACAUGAAUAUUUCUUGUUUUAGUUAGGCCUGUGUAUUUGUCUGAUUUGGUCUUUGGUAUUUAGAUACAGAUGUUCCAAAUAAAUCUUUUUAAACUAGGGAUGCCCUGAUCCGCUUUUUUCACCUCCGAUACGAUACAGAUAUCUACAGUUUAGUAUCGGCCGAUACCGAUGCAAUUCAGAUACAGAAAAGCCGUGUUGAAUUACCUUUUGUUGUAACCUGAAGUUUUACCACUGCCCCUCAGAACGUUUACUGUGCAGGUAUUGCAAGUGGCCGUCGAGUUCGUAGGCUGAGGUAUUGUGAUUAAGUUCAAGAUAAAAGACCCCUUCUGCUGGCCCCAUUUUGAAAACGAUGUGGGCAUCCACUCAGCGUGUUUACUUGUGGAUGCCACUCACAGUGCAUAGCAUAGAGUUUGACUGUGUAGAUCAGCCCCUGUGCAUCAGAACCAUUGUCACGAUACCUGAUCUAGAAUUUUCUUCAGUAUCGGGGCCGACAUCGAUAUUAAAUAUCAGAGUGGUGCAUCCUUAUUUUAAACUAUGAUAAGUGGAGGAAAUAGUUUUUAGAAUCUGCAUCCUCCAGCUUUACCUCAGAGUCUGUCUGUGAGAAAGAUAAAUCUGCUUUUGUAAGUAAGAGGAAAAAGGGUAGAGCAUGAAUCUAACGUGCAUCUAAGAGCUCUAUCAAUUCAUCUUAUCUUUACACUCAAAUGCAUCAGUGUUGUCAUAAAUCUUUAGUCAACCUGUGGCUCCUGAAGCCUGAUUUGUUGUUUUGUUUUCCUUCUAUGUUGUUGAAGUGAAGGUUACAAAAAUAUCUUUACCUCUUUCAUUUUCAAAAGCACCUAAAGUGGCUAAAACAGGAAGAAUCCCUCGAUACCAAGGAUCCCAGCAGAAGAACAAGCCACCUCUGAAGCCUGUUACUCCCAGUGAGUUUUUUCUCUAUUGUGCUCCUUUUCUCUCACAUUUCCGCACUGCUUUUCUAGAUUUUCCCCCUUAAAGUAACCUGAAAAAUGACUUAUUUAAAUGUUGUUUCUUUUGUAGACUUCAAAAAACUCCACGAGGCCCAUUUCAACAAAAUGGAGUCGAUCGAUUCUUAUGUCCAACGAAAGACCAAGCAGAUGGAGACGCUCAAGAACUCAGUGAAAGAGCUGAAGGUAUUAAAGCCGCUCCACAGUCUCGUCUGAAGGCUUUACAUAUGCGUGCUUUUCAGAUUAGGUUCUUAAAAAUCUGUAAUUUUCAUUUUCAGAACCUUGUGGACAAAACUAAAAUGAAGCAGGUUGAAAGCAAAACUCAGGCGGUAAGUAUCUGCUUCGCUCUGCUCUCCAGCUCUCUCGAGAUUAUUUAUGAUGUCGAUGACCUGAACGCUUUUAUUUCACAGCGGGCAAAUGCAAGUCGCACCUCCAUGUUCAGCCCCGCCCCCACGGGUAAAAAAGCCGCUGAGGAGCGGCGCAGACACACGCUGCUGUCCGCCAGUAAAGCUCCAAAAAACAAACCUGCGGUGAAGGAAGACGCUCCGUUCAGACCGUCUGUCCUCUCCACCCGCAGGAUCAACGUUCGGUGAGUGAUUCCAGAAUAUUUUGGAGUAACCUAGAGGAUGGUUGAACACUUGCAUCAGACUCUUACUUCCUUUCUGGUUUUCUGAUUGAACCCCUGAAAGUUUAAAAAAAGUGGAUUAAACGAUGUUUAGUGUUCUGGAGGCGGGGAGGGAGAGUGAUGUAGACUACAGCAGUGAGUGAGCCGCUUAUUCUCUGGGUUUAUGGGCUCACGGUUCACACACCUGUACCUUCAGGUGAUGGUUCAUUCAGGUGUCCACAUCAAACAGCAUGCAAACACGUCUGUCCAAAUCACAGCUCCUCUAAAUUUGACCCCGUCUGCAGCGGUUGGCAGCUCAGUUUCCAUCCUGGUUUCUCAACGAAGAGGCCGAGCUGACUGUGACUUAUUGUUGCUAACAGAAGUACCUCACUCUUAAAUCGACUGUAUUUCCGCAGAUUCUCUGAGGCCACUUAUGACAACGAGCACAAGAGAUCGAUGAUCAAGACUCCGGCACGUAUGUCUCCCUGUGUGGCCUCCAGCACCCCUCAGAAACAAGCAGCAGACGCAGGAAAGCCCAACAACGCUAAACCUUUAGCUCUCUCCGCCACAAAAACUCCAGGUACUUUUAUUUUUAACCUCUCAGUCAACAGAACAAAAUCUGAAUGUGUGCAUGUACAAAUAAGCACAGCUGAUUUUCUGUUUGCCCUAAUUUUGAAGCUGCGUUCGUUUUCACCGGCAACACGAGCACAACCGUGACCCCCGGGACUCAAAAGAAGCCGGCCUUCGACCUGAAGGCGAGUCUGUCUCGUCCCCUCGGCUACAAGCCCCACACAGGUACAGAACCGGUCCUCACUAACUGAAUAUCAGGAGUCUGGAAGAUCAAAAAUCCCUCAUGGUCGUUCUUUAUUUUUUUUUAAAGGUAAACUGAAGCCAUUUGGAGAGACAAACGAAAACACAGCAGCAAACAAGUCUCUGAUCUUAAACUCUCAUCAGAAGAAUUACAAACAGCACCAGGUCCAGACCAGGUCUGUCCUUCAUUCACGCUCUCAAAGCUGAUGGUGGUUUGUCUCCCUUGUGCAUCGUCCAAUGCAUGUGUCUGUUUCUGUCUUUAGGGGCGACAGGAGGGCGAAACAGGCGGAGGAGCGGAAACACAAGAAGGAGAACAUUCUUGGAGCGAGAAGAGGCCUGGUAAUGAUGUAAAAACAGUCACCCGGCCAGUUUGUGGACGUCUGUACAGCCUGUGUAAAUAUUCUCCUGUCCUACUCACUUCUUUAACAAACUUUUAAACUCCUGUUCGUAAAGUAGACACAACUUUUCUGCUCUGUCCAACAUAAAUACAGUUAUUUAGAUUUGUUCUAAAACUCUGAAUUACAUUUUUAACUCUGACGUUUAGAAAAUCGAUGUUUAGUUUUGCUACUUUGGAAACCGGGACUUGUUCUGAAAACUUGAUGUUUGCUGUUUUUACUUUUUUUGGGAUCGACUGAUAAAAAAGACUUUGAUGAAAAAUGUUUCCACAUCUCUGUUUUUACUUUUCAAACUGCUUUUACACUCUCCAAAAUAUACUGUUUUAAAAUAAUGAGACGCGGUGAUUUAUUAAAGCACCUGUAAGGGGUUUUUGACUUGUUA